UAAUGCCCUCCCGUCUAUUGGCGGACUAGUUUGUCAGCGACUGUGGUCCGUCUUUCCAGAGGGAACGCUGUACGCACAGUUCAUAACUGGACAGUAACGCAUUAAAAGUGAAUGUACUGUGGGGAUUAAUGAGAAAACAUCGGAACGUAUGAAGGCAGGCAGGAUGAAUGUGGAGACUCUGAGUAAGACGGAGCUGCUGAUGCUACUUAGCAUCCUGGAGGGAGAGCUGGAGGCUCAGGACCUCGUCAUACACACACUCAGGGCGCAACACCGAGAUGCGUUUGUGCAGGAGCGCUAUGGGCAGUAUGACCUCAGUGACCCCUUCCUGGCCCUGCAGAGGGACAGCGAGGUGCUGCAGGGUCGAGAGCAGGGUCAGCCUCAGGAUCACAGUCACAGUGUCAGAGCCCACGUCAGUCCAAACCCACUGGCCGUGCUGAAGCUGGUGAUGACCCACUGCAAGCGCAUGCAGGAGAAAAUGAUGGCACAGCUGGCAGCUGCUGAGAGCAGACACAGACGGGUCAUUGCUGAUCUGGAGGAAGAGAAACGGCGCCAUGCCCAAGAUACAGCGGAGGGUGAUGAUGUCACAUACAUGCUGGAGAAGGAAAGAGAGAGACUACUGCAGCAGCUGGAGUUUGAGCGGGCACGGGCGGAGCGUCUGGAGCGCGAGCAGCAGACUGCAUCUGGUCAGGCACAGGAGGACCUGGCCCAGCAGCAGCAGCUCUCGUCCGCUCUGGCUAAAGAAUGCCAGCGGGCCAGUGCCCGCGCCCAGGAGGAGAGCCAGCGUGUGGCCCAGCUGUGCGAGCAGCUAGAGGAGGAGCGCAGGGCCGCUCAGGCCCUGCGGGGGGAGCUGGAGGCAGAACGGGCUCGCGCCCUGCAGACGGAGGCCCGUGCUGAAAGGCGGCUGGCCGAGUUCGACACAGAGCAGGAGCAGCUGAGGCAGAAGCUGCGUAAAGAGGAGAAGCGAAGCAAAGAACUGCAAGAGCUGAUUGAGAGCUUGAAGCAGGAGCUGCAGGAGAUGAAGGAGAAGGAGAAAGAAUGGAGAGCAAAAGAGGAGGAGGUGAAGAAGGUGAAGGAAACCCCAGCUAAAGCAACUUUGGCCUCUGCGGCCUGCCAGACCGAAACCGAUGGAAAAGCGGCCGUUGUUGAACAGUCUCAGCGGCCAAGGUUCAAUGGCUACCUACUGCGUAAAGAGAGUGACUCUUCAGUGGAGGAGAAGAGUGCAGAAAAUGGAGGGCUGGAGAACGGAGGAGGGACGCUGAGCUCCCCUGUCCAGGCACAGCAGUCUCUGUCCCCCAGUGGGACAGCCUGUUCCUCUCUCUCCUCCUCACCCUGCUCCUCGCCUGUGCUGGCCAAGCGGCUGGCCUCACUGGGCUCCUGCAGCCCCACCUACCCCUCGUCCUACCAGGCCAGCGUCAACCAGCGUUUCCAUGCCGCCCGCCACAAGUUCCAGCAGCAGGCCGAGCAAGAGCAACAUCUGCAACAUCAGCCUCACUCACCUCGUGACCUUUCACCCACCACUACUCCUCCACCUCCACCUGAGAACCCUACAGCCAAGCAGAUCGCCCGCAACACCGUCACACAGGUGCUGUCACGAUUCACCAGCCAAGCAGCAGGUAAACUGCCCCCUCCCAACAGCUCACCUUUCGGCACGGACUACCGCACCCUGGCAGCUUCUUCUUCUUCUUCUUCGCCCACAGGGAAAGGCCCAGGCCCCCUGUCGCCCGGCAUCCGCUCACCCAUCAUCUCUAGAAGCCACCCGCCCCCCAUACCCCCAAAGAAGCCCGGAAUGAACCAGUCUCCAGGAUCCCCCGUCCCCUCCACCCGUGGCAGCAACUUUCCGGAGCUGUCCGGGAGCUGCGGCCUCACCAGCACACAGGAGGGUUCUAAAGAGCUGGACCUGGUCAUGUCCUCCUCUAGCUAACCACUAACAGCACUCAAUCAACAGUCCAGACCAAAUUAAAGGGCCUAAUCUACAUAGUGCCCUUAGGACUUUCUCCUCGCCUAGUCCAUAAGACCUCCCACAGAGGUGUGAUUACAAAGCACUGAAAGGGUGAUUAAUUGUUGAAGUUGCCAUUCCUUUUACUCUGCAAACCUAAGCAUGUAAAACCAUUUGCAGGGCUGGAGAAGAGACAUUUAGAAGACCAAGUCCAGAACUGUGCUUCUUUAUCUAUGAAACUGAUGACAUUCAUUUAGAUUUUCUUUUUUAUCUAUUAUAUAUAUUAUCUUAUUGUUCCUUUUAUUUUAAGAGAUUUUAUUUAUCCCUAAAAUGUUAGCAUUGUCUUCUUGUGCCAUGCUUUAUGGUUAAUAAGGUUUGUUUAAAAAAAAUGGUUUCAAAAUGAACAGCAAUAACUAAUGAAUCAUUCUCAGGUAACUAAUCAAUCAUUUUACACUAUUAGCACAGGACCAUGCCGUUCAUAUCUAGCGGGAUGGUAAAUCAUGCAGCAUGCAUUAAAACUUAAAAUUUUUUGCAGUUACAAUAGAACUUUUCUCAUACUUUCACUGUAAUUUAAGUUCUACAUGAUUCUAGAAGCUCGAAAAUCACUUUAAAUUGUCAAAGAAAUUGAAAAGCAUGUCCAAGCAGUUUGUGUAGCAUGUGGUGAAAAGCUGCUUUGGCUGUACAGGAAGGGAAAUGGUUUUCUAGACGUGAGCGUGUUGCCCUCUAGUGUUAGACAGGUGAAAAGCUUUCUGUGUUCACUUUCCUUUUAGGGAAUUAACAUACACUGUCUGUCCAAAAAUAUCCAGGCACCCCUUCAAGUAAGUGAAUAUAGUUACUGUAAGGUGCACCUAUUGCUGAUACAGUUGUGCAGACACAGCUUCUGUAGUCUCUGGAGCAGCUACAUGAGCCUAAGGUCAACAUGCCUAAUGCCAGGCGUCGGCUAGAGGGGAAUAAUGUCCCCCAGCAUCCGGCCAUGGAGCAACUGCGUUCUCUGGAGUGAUGGAAGUGCAUCUAAUACCUUUGGGAUGAGAAAGGAGUGGCAUUUUUGAUCCAGAACGUACCAUCAAAAUCAGUGACCCUGACCUCACUAAUGCUCUUGUAGCUAAAUGCAAUCAGAUCUUCACAACAAUGUUUCAAAAUCUAGUGUAAAGCCUUCUCAGACGAGUAGAGGCCGUUACUGCAGCAAAUGGGAAGAGAAACUUCUUACUGAUACCCACGACUGCCGAAGAAACUGUGAAUGAGGAGGUGUCUAAGAGCUUUUGUCAUGUAACCAGAGGUUUGUGUAGCUGAGCGAUAGACUGUUGCCAGCAUGGCUAAUAAAUAACUAUGGUAGGUGAAGCAUGUGCCUCACUUCUAAAUAUGGUUUAAAAGAUGCAACAAUCAUUCAGAACCAAAUUACACAGGAUUUUACUGCAUGCUUUCUUUUUCCAUGUGCAGAUGUGAAGUUGAAACACUGGCUUUUUUUAAUGCAGCGAGACUAUUCCUCAUGUGUACAGAAUCUUGUUCACGUUUAUGUUGUAAAUGUUACAGUUUUAAACUGCUGUAGUUAAAACCAUUCACUGCAGUCUUAAGGAUAUUGUAUGUAGUAUGUAGUAGUAGUUAGUCCAAGAGAGAUGGCAUAUUAGGAAAUAGGUAGGCUUAUUCAUUGCAAAGAUAAAUGCACAAAUAAGUUAAAAUGCAUCUUUUUUUCAAUUAUUUAAGUGUUUAAAUCUCUGUCCCCAUCUUGCUAGGUUUAAGCCUGUGAAUUAUCAGUUAUAUAUGAACGGAUAUGUAUGUGUUUCAUGUUACUGAAUGCUAUACCAAUCUGUUUAUCCAGCUAGUUCACAUGAACUUGUAAGUUUUUUUUUUAUUAUUUCAAAUGACACUUUAUAUUCAAAUCUAAGCUAUUUGGGGAAAAAGUGUUACGGAAAUGUACAAUUAACACCAUCUUUUCUACUGGUCAAGCACCUCAGUGCUGCCCCCCACACUAAUCUCUGACUGUACUCAGACUUUGUUGAACCUGGGCUUACACUACUUUUUGUCUUAGUUGAACUAAUUCAUACUUUAAAGAUGAUAUAUUUUUUAAAUUUUUACCCAAUGUUCUCGAGAAGAACCGCCCUACAGAAGGAAAACUCAAUUCUGUUUUACACUUUGAAAAAAUAAAACCUUUUGGAGCUCACCA